AUGGCUUCAAGUACUAAAGAGAAGAUGCGCCCAGAACCUGAAAGAGUUAAAACAACCAGCAUAAAUUAUAACCCCACCACAAAUGUCAGUUUUAGCAGUGAGCGCUCACCCCUGGCUGCCAUCACACGUUCCAGUGUGCACCACUGGAUGUGCGUGGCCAGAGGUCUUCCAGACUUGUGGCUAAUCUGCUACUGUUCUCCACAGAUCUUGGUCUGUUUGUUAGUGGCUGCUGUAGGCGCCGAGCUUCAGGGCUACAGUCUACCCACCUCUUCCGGCCCAGGUUUGAUCUCUGGAGGCUCCGGAUUCUCUGGUGGUUCCGGGUUCGUCUCUGGUGGCUCCGGCUUUAGCGGCUCUGGGUUCUCUGGCGGUUCCGGGUUCACUGGCGGCUCUGGAUUCGUAUCUGGAGGUUCUGGAUUCGUAUCUGGCGGCUCCGGCUUUAGCGGCUCUGGGUUCAUCUCUGGUGGUUCUGGGUUCUCAGGCAGCUGUGGUGGCGGACAGAUUCGUCAUGUAGACGGCAGCUGUAUUACUCCCCAAAUCACUAAAAAUCUGUAUGUAUUCACCUCUCCUCCAGUUCAUAGAACAAUUGGUCCACGACCACAUAUUCCACCACCAAGAGUGGAACACAACAUUUUAUUCAUCCGUACUCCUGAGGGAGGAUUUGGGGUGGAACCAAUCGUUGUUCCUCCACCACUGCAGAAGAACAUCGUCUACGUGCUCAACAAGCGCACCCAUCAAGGUCAACAAGUCGUCCACGUCCCAGCUCCUGAGCAACAAACUCCUCAAGUGUAUUUCGUCAACUAUGCUGAUGGUGACAACCCGACUUUGCCCACUGGAGAGGACCUCCAGUCUGCCCUCAGCUCUGCCUCUCAUGGUGGAGGUGAGGUUAUCGGUACCGGUGGUGGCAUUGGAGGAGGGGUUGGUAUCGGGAUUGGAGGUGGCUCUGGUAUUGGGAUUGGUGGUGGCAUUGGAGUAGGCGCUGGUAUCGGCAUUGGUGGUGGCAUUGGAGGCGGUUUUCAAGAUGACAGUUCCUUUGUGAGCGGGGGAGGCAGUGUAGGAGUUCCCGCGCCGUCUAGUGUGUACGGGACGCCCUAACAGCUACUUGCAAGUGACGAGUCUUCACUAGCAACAAUCAUCCUUCCAGUAACAAUUUUUUAUUUCUUUAUCUUAUGUUACAAAUACGCAUGUAAUUUCCAAUGUAAGGCAAUGGAUAUACUAGGAAACUGUUAAUAAAAUACAUAAAGAGUAA